AUGGCUGCCCCCCAAGAGGUGCGUGACGAUUUGCGCUCUGCGCGUCGUGAACCUAUCCAGGCCGUCCAAGUAUUUGGUCGCAAGAAAACCGCCACGGCAGUGGCUUAUUGUAAGCGUGGACAUGGAGUGUUGCGCGUAAACGGUCGCCCCCUAGACCUGGUGGAGCCCCGCCUGCUGCAAUACAAACUGCAGGAGCCCAUCCUACUGCUCGGCAAGGAGAAAUUCUCCGGAGUCGACAUCAGAGUAACCGUCAAGGGUGGUGGUCAUGUAGCCCAGGUAUACGCAAUCAGACAGGCUAUCUCCAAGGCACUUAUUGCCUUCUACCAGAAAUAUGUAGACGAGGCCUCAAAGAAGGAAAUCAAAGACAUCCUCGUCCAGUACGAUAGGAGUUUGCUGGUGGCGGAUCCCCGUCGCUGCGAGCCCAAGAAGUUCGGUGGUCCAGGUGCCCGCGCCCGCUACCAGAAAUCUUACCGUUAA